AUGCAAGAAGAAGUAGUGCUGAGGCCGCUUAAUAAGAAAGUUGAUUUUGAUUGUAGUAUAUGCAUGUGCGAAGUAGAAAUACCUGUUGUAACAAGAUGCGGCCAUCUAUUCUGCUGGACGUGUUUGUGCGGGUGGAGCGAAAAGUCGAGCAUCUGUCCUGUGUGCAAGACCCUGUGCAGCCUCUCCACUGUAAUACCAAUAUACUCAAAAGGCGCAAACACAAAUGACGGAUUCUUCCCCAAACCAGCUGAACUUGGAAAAAUCUGCGGAAAUGAAAAGAUACGCGGCACGUUUGGGUACAUAAACGACCUGCGAAUAUUCCACAUGCAGGGGGCAGAGUAUAGAAGCAAUCUGUACGGCAAGCAGUGUCUGCUUACUAAGAUAUUCUACAUUAUUCUCCUGCUGUUUUUUAUCAUGAUAUUUCUCUUGCUAGAGUAG